AUGUUAUCGCAUUCCCGACCGUGCGCGCGCCCGCACCCGCGCAGCCCACCGCGGGCGCGGGUUCAACACACGUGCUCAUUAGCUUACGAUAUUAUUGUAUACCACACGCCCCGGGGGAGGCGUGUGAUUAUGCCGGACUCCUACCAGCUAAAACCCACCCGGUUACCCUCAGCCGCUAUAAGGGGAGCUACAAGGGGUCGCUUGCACAUUCUACCUCGUAUCCCCGGCGACAGUGACCCGCUCCCGAGGCGGGUCUCUCCCUAUGAUGCCCUCCCUCCAGGAGGCCAGUGA